CCUCUUCCGCUGUAGCUGUAGGAAUGGAAACAUCUGGCCCACGUGCCGGAAGCCAGCUUGAGGCGACGACGGCGCACCACUCAGCGUCCUACUGCGCUGAGCCCCUGCUGGUGUCAUCGCGAGACAAGCUCGCCGAAAUGGCCGCUUCCAGUCAAGGAAACUUUGAGGGAAAUUUUGAGUCAUUGGACCUUGCAGAAUUUGCUAAAAAGCAGCCAUGGUGGCGCAAGCUGUUCGGGCAAGAAUCUGGGCCUUCAGCCGAAAAGUAUAGUGUGGCCACCCAGCUGUUAAUUGGAGGCGUCACUGGAUGGUGCACGGGUUUCAUAUUCCAGAAGGUUGGGAAGUUGGCUGCAACAGCUGUGGGAGGUGGAUUUUUUCUCCUUCAGCUUGCAAACCAUACUGGGUACAUCAAAGUUGACUGGCAGCGAGUAGAGAAGGACAUGAAGAAAGCCAAGGAACAGCUGAAGAUCCGUAAGAGCAACCAUAUACCUACGGAGGUCAAAAGCAAAGCAGAGGAGGUGGUGUCAUUUGUGAAGAAGAAUGUUCUAGUGACUGGUGGAUUUUUUGGAGGCUUUCUGCUCGGCAUGGCAUCCUAAGGAGGACAACUUCACUUCCAUUAUUCCUGGUUUUUCCAACCAGCAGCCUCUUCACUCCAUCAUUAGGACAUCAGUCUUUCCUCCUCCUCCUCUUAGCCUAUGCCUUUCUCCCUGCUGUGGCAUAUCUGAAUGGCUUCUAUAGGCAUCUGUUGGUACAAGUUGGUACAGCCCUACUGUGAGCUUGACGGCGAUGGAAGAGACAACAGACACUAGCUCUUCUCCCAGCACACUCCCCAGUUGACUAAUCUGUAGGUCGGCAAGAAUGUUCUUUUCCCUCUACAUAAGAUACCAGAGCAUGGUGCAAGGUGGCUCACCAUGGAGGAUGAGUGGAUCCUCAAAGGUUGUCCCAAACUUGAUUUGGAAAAGAAAUAACAAGCACAUAGAUAGAUACCUUAUUAUGUGCUGCAUGGAAAGAGACUGAAUACAUUUGCCUUUAAAUGUGAAAGAUUUUGGUAUCUUAGUGUCUACUUGCUUUAUUAGUUGGUUUUAGAUUAUGGAAAGAGAGCUGUUUAUACCUGAUAUAAUUAUCCUGACAAAAAUGGAAGCAUAAGCACUGUAAUUAAAUCUGAAUAUGGAAUGAACUUGUGCUGAAUAUGGGAUAAAAGGUAUCUAUAUGCUGCACUGAAGGUAUUGUGUUUAGUAGGAAGUUCAUUAUGGAAACAACCAAUAGAUACAUCAUUGGAUGGUCAGACUUAGUGAAUCGUUUAGAGGCAUUAAGAUAUCUGGGGAUGUUUUCCACCAUAUAGGAUAAUGCAUUUCUUGGCUAUUUCCAAAGAGUUUUUUAAUGGGAAAAUAAGCGUUUUUAGGUGGAAGAGGGAAGAUGCUCUUGGAUUUUUAUUUCAUAGAAAAGGUUUGAAGCUUCGAAAUGUGAAGUAUUCUUUACCUCUUGUCAAAACAUUAGGAGUAACCAUAGCUCCUCUGUGCCAAUUCUACUAUUUCUUUAUCCAGUUAGUAUGAAAUAUAUAACAUUUGAACCAGAGUUUUAAAGAGGUAGAAUUCCAGGUAUUCAGAAUUGAGAACAGUAGCACAGGGGCCAGCCCUGUGGCUUGGCGGUUAAGUGCGCGUGCUCUGCUACUGACGGCCUGGGUUCGGAUCCCGGGCGCCCACUGACACACCGCUUGUCCGGCCAUGCUGAAGUAGCGUCCCACAUACAGCAACUAGAGGAUGUGCAACUAUGACAUACAACUAUCUACUGGGGCUUUGGGAGAAAAAGGGGAAAAAAAGGAGGAGGAUUGGCAAUAGAUGUUAGCUCAGAGCCGGUCUUCCUCAGCAAAAAGAGGAAGAUUGGCAUGGAUGUUAGCUCAGGGCUGAUCUUCCUCAAAAAAAAAAAAAAACAGUAGCAUGUGUGAAAUAAAUUAUUUCCAUCAUCAAAUGUAAUCUGCUGUCUCAUGAUGACCCCAACUCUAUUCUUUAAAAUAAAAGUUUAUACACACGCACACACACUUAGAAUCUUAGCACAUUUUGCUGUAAUGGCCUGUUACCAUGCCUGCGACCCCAUCUAGAGUAUCUGCUUCUGGAGGGCAUGGUUUGUGUCUUCAUCAUUAUACCUAUGGAGCUGAGCACUUAAUAGGUACUCAGUAUUUGUUGAAUAAAUGAAUGAUGACCUCAUAGGAAGGCGUCUGGAAAAGGGACUGAUCCAAAGAAUUAUUUGAGACUUUGAGUUCUGAGAUUGCAGAAAACUUGGGAUUCUUAAAUUUGUGGGUGAUCCCUUGUAAAAUGUAUGUUUUUGAGGCCUUCCUUUUAAAAUGUUUGUCUUUUAAUUUAUCUUGGGAAUGAUGCCUUGAAUUGGGAAAUUGUAGCUACAAGUGGAUGUGUGCAACUUUUUGGAAUUCAUCCAUGUGCGUUUUUCUCCUUAUAUUACAAUAGUAUUUUCAGGCAACGUAAGUUAUUUUGCUUGCAGUAUGUAUGAAUCAUCCCGAAAUCAUAAUGGUAUGAACCUCUUUGUUGCAUGUUUUUGUGCAAGAACUUAAUCUUUUUUCACUUUUUAUUAUGGAAACUUUCAAAUAUAUGCAAAAGUAGAGAAAAUAGUACAGUGAUCCCCAUGUAUCCAUCACACACCCUCAAUGAUCAUCAAAUUAUAGCUUAUUUUGAAAUAAAUACCAAAUGUAUCA